AUGGAGGUUUUGAAAAGAGAACAUGGAGGCAUUGUUAAAGAACACACAGUUCAGGUAGAUGUCAAGGAUCCUAUCAAAAAAAGGAAAAAGGGUCAAAAGAAUACUAGGUGGAAAAGCACACAGGAAAAGGUUUCCAACAAGCUCAAAGGUCAAAAGAUAAAGUCAUGGAGAAAGAAAAGCGCAAAGGGUGUUUCAAAGAUGAAACGAAAAGCACAGACUACGAUUAAGGAUUUCCUCCCUGUACCUGAUGGAAAUGUUCUGGCACAUUCCAACGAAUUUGGAGGAUCUUUGGAGUUUUUUGAGCCUGAUGACUAUUUUGGAGUGAAUAUUAGAGAAUUAUAA